CAUUAUCUGCAAUCAGCAAUAAGGUCAGAGUACAGCUUUACGAGAUAAGAGAGUACACAAAGAGAUCUCUAGUUGUCAUCUUCCGCUUCAUUCUGCCGCUUCCUUCGGCAGCAUGAAGAUCUACGGCGCCCUCUUGUUCUUCGUGAUUUACCACGCGAGUUCUCUCAAAGUCAUCGACUUGAGCUUGCAGUCAUGGCAUCUGUACAACAUGAAUCGCACUAUAGAUAUGAUAACAAAAGUACCAGGAGGUGUAUAUUCCAGCAUGGAAGAUGCUUCUAUGAUCACAGAUAUACUGUUUGGCAACAAUGACGUCAGGUUCAGGUGGAUAGCAAAAGAGAACUGGAAUUAUUUUACUAAAUUUCAAAUAACUAAAGAAGAUUUGAAAAACCACAGCAGCAUAUUUCUGGUACUUCAUGGAGUAGACACAAUUGCGGAUGUCUUUAUUAACGAUCAUCUUCUAAUUCGUUGCAAUAAUAUGUUCGUUCGCUAUUCUCCCAGCAUAAAAUCAUUUCUUACGGUGGGUACCAACAACAUCACAAUACUGUUCAGCUCUCCCAUAAGGGAAGCUAGGAAGCUGGCAUCAAAAGUGGGAUACAAAAUCCCGCAGACUUGCCCACCAUCAGUGUUCAACGGGGAAUGCCACGUAAACAUGUUGAGGAAGAUGCAGGCUUCGUUCGCAUGGGACUGGGGUCCCGCCUUCCCCUCGAUGGGACUUUGGAAAAAGCCUGAAAUUAUAAUGAGCCAUGGUCCUCAAAUAGAUUCUGUUGUCGUCAGAACUAUACCGGAAGAGAACGUUUGGCGAAUGAACCUGACAGUUUGGUUUGGACCUUCGGAAGUAGAGUUCGACGAUCAGCUGACAGCCGAUUUCUAUUGGAACGAUAACGAAAAAAGUAAAUUUAUCUUCCCUGUGCAUAUAAAAAAAGUAAAUAAACAAAAAGAGGACAUUUCUUUCACUCUACCUAAGAAUAAUAUAACAUUGUGGUGGCCAAACGGAUAUGGGACUCAACAAUUGUAUAAAAUCGAAGUGUCUUCUGAAUCCUCCCAAAAGAUUGUUAACAUCGGUUUUCGAACAGUUUCCCUUAUACAGUCCAGUGUAUCUGAAAACAUAUCCGAUGGUACUUUGUUCUAUUUUCUCAUCAACGGACAAAAGAUAUUUGCCAAAGGAAGUAAUUGGAUCCCAUCUCACGUACUCCCGGAGAAACUGUCUGAUGCAAACAGAGUGGUACCUCUUCUAGAGGCAGGUGCAGCAGCUCACUUCAACAUGAUAAGGAUUUGGGGAGGAGGCGUGUACGAGUCUGAUAUGUUUUAUGAGACAUGUGACCGGCUUGGAAUAAUGAUCUGGCAAGAUUUAAUGUUCGCCUGCAGCAUGUACCCCGUUACGGAUGAUUUUCUUGAAACGGUGAAAAUUGAAGUUGAACAGCAAAUACAGCGACUUCAGCACCAUCCAAGCGUAGUGGUUUGGGCUGGAAAUAACGAAAACGAAGCAGCUCUUAAACAGAACUGGUACGGCACUAGCAGCAACUUCAGUUUGUACAAAAGUGACUACUUGAAACUCUACGUGGAGACUAUUAGGCCAAUAGUAGAAGCCAUCGAUGAUACGAGGAGAUAUCUCGUCUCAAGUCCUUCCAACGAUCUUGAAGAUAUCUCUGAUAAUCCUCAGGACACAUUAAAUGGAGACGUUCAUUAUUACAACUACAUCAACGACGGAUGGAACUAUCUGAUAUACCCAAAACCUAGGUUUGCUUCCGAGUAUGGUAUACAAAGUUUACCAUCCUAUCAUUGCUUGAGGGCAGCGUUACCUCUGAACCAGACUUACUGGGGGAGCUACUUCUACGAACACAGGCAGCACGCCCCGGCAGGGAACGCGGACAUAUAUUAUCAAAUUAUGUUGAACUUGCCGCUUUCCAAGGAUAUUAAAGACAUCAUUUAUCUAUCGCAGAUAAACCAAGCCAUGUCGAUGAAAGCUGAGAGCGAACGAUAUAGAAGACUCAAGAGCAUUCUGUUGGACUCGAAAGAAGGCUACACGAUGGGCGCUCUCUAUUGGCAACUAGAUGAUAUUUGGCAAGCUCCAUCUUGGUCAUCUAUAGAUUAUUGUGGUCAAUGGAAAAUGCUGCAUUAUUUCGCUGGAGAAUUUUUCGCUCCCGUUAUCGUUUCACCAGAGAUUUCGGUCGACCGAGAAACUAUGUCUAUAUAUAUUGUUGUGGACGGUUACGCUCCAAAGAAAACCGCAAAUCUCACUUUUAAUAUGUAUAAUUGGACUAAUUUAAACUGGUCACCAUUUAAGAAAAUUACGCUUCAGGUCGAACUGAUUGACAAUGAGUCUUUCCUGGCAACUAAAAUUCCAAUAGGCCAAUACUGUAAAGACAAAAAAUGCUUCUACACGACUUCGCUCGAGGCUGAAGAUGGCGUCCAAAUAGCCCCAGAGAACUUCUACUUCUACACUCCUUUGAACACAGCGAAUUAUCCAGACACGUCCGUAGAGAUCACGAAAAUCGAAAAACUGGAUAAUCAUACCGCGAAACUAUCCCUAAAGGCAGAAAAUCACGCACUCUUCGUCUGGCUGGAUCUGAACGGUAUUAAGGGCAACUUUUCUAAAAAUGGAUUCCACAUGUUCAGCCCGAAGACCGAAGUUCUCUUUCAUUCCAAAGAAGAUUUAGAUUCAGUUUCACUCAGUGAGAUUACUGUUACUUGGCUCAAAAAGACUUACUACGAGAUUAAUUAUCCUGAAUUAACUUGGAAUGUAUAAUAAAACUAUAUCAUGACUUUUA